UUAAGUGCAACGGUUGUGUGGUGCGCGUAUAGUGUGGGAUUCGUUUUGUGUGGAAAAGUGGGAGACACCGGUUGGUGUUAUUGGCCGUUCGGUAGUGUUUGUGGUUUUUGUAUAUCUGUUUGUGUUCGUUAGCGUGCUGGCUUAAGCGUGACGCGCAUAAUAAUUGAUUUUUGUUUUUAUUUUGUUUUUUUUUUACUCGCUAAAAAACUUGUAUACAAAUUUACAUAAAAAUAAAAUAAGAGUUCAGUGACGUGUGCAACUGCUGCUGCUUCACUUUAUUGAGUGAUUUAUUCCAUUUGCUGAAAAGUUAAUUGCAAACGAGAAAUAAUUUUAAUAAAAUUUGAAGUUUCUAAAUAAAAAAUAAAUAAAAAAAAAAUAAAAAUAAAAAUUAAAAAAUAAAAAGCAAACAUUCAAAUGAUUUCGAAAACCUAUUUGUUUAUCUUGUUAUUGGCGCUUGUAAAUACCAUACACGCGCGUAGUUUGCCGCAUGAGAAUGCAGCGCGCAAUGCAACCAAUAAAGUACCUUGGGAAUUGACUGAGGCGCUCUCGGCUAGCUGGCGUACCUUCAAUGGAACUUGGAUUAAUGAUGCUGAAUUCGCCUACAGAGCCACUGACGGCUAUCUUUACAAAUACAAUGUGGCCACAUUGAAUCGCUCAUUGAUUUUACCCACUGCCAUAUUUGACGUGUAUCCUUCUGAUCUGACAAUCACUUUCUCGCCAGACAACACAAAGUUGCUUAUACGCUACUCCGUCGAACAACUCUUCAGGUACUCGGUGACUGCUAAAUACUCGCUAUUGGAUAUUGAAACGAGAGUUGAGACGAAAAUCCAUGGCGGCGAGAAAUUACAGUAUUGUAGUUGGUCGCCAGCGAAAAACCGACUCGGCUACAUCUAUGAAAAUAACGUGCACGUUCACUACGAAGAUGAUCAAGAAUUGCAGUUGACCAACGAUGGCGUUACAGGCGUCAUUUACAAUGGCAUACCCGAUUGGGUGUAUGAAGAGGAGGUGCUCUCCAGCGGCAGCGCUAUGUGGUGGUCCAAGGAUGGCACACAUUUGAUUAGCGGCUAUUUUAACGAUGUUGACGUGCAGACUUUCAAGUAUCAAGUCUACGAAAAUGAUUAUAUGAAUAACUCACUGCUUGACUAUCAAUACCCACAAGAACUCGAACUGAAGUAUCCCAAAGUCGGUACAAACAAUCCAGUCGUGGGAUUGCGCCUAUUCAAUGUGGACACGAAGCAACUAGUGCCGAUCAACAUCACAGCACCAGUUGAUAUUGUGACAACCGAUCAUAUUUUACAAAAUGUUGUGUGGAUCGAUAGUGCGCGAGUGUUGUUGAUUUGGCUGAAUCGCCGCCAAAAUUUGGCCUCAUUUCAGGUGUGCUCGUUGGAGGGUGUGUGCAACGAGGUGACACGUUUGAAUGAACCGGAUGGUUGGAUAAAGAUGAGCACACCUAAUUGUGAGUCCAACAAUUGCACAUUUACAUAUUGGAUAGAUGAUUGGGCGCAAGUGUGGAACUUGAAUUUAGAAACGGGCAAAAAUCAAUGGCAGUCACGCGGCAACUUUACCGUCGUGGGGGUUUACUUCUAUGAUGCAGCUACUGAUGAUCUUUACUAUCAAGCUACUUUGGAGAAUGAACCCUAUCAGACGCAUAUUUUCCACAACAAUGUAUGCUUAAGCUGUGAUUUGCGCGAUCCCGACGAAAAUGUUUGUCGCCAUGCCACUGCCUCUUUUAGCACAGAUCGCUCGUACUAUGUUUUAACUUGUACUGGACCUGGACCAGCCGUUGUAAGAAUCUUUGAGAGAAAGACCGAUCGCGAAAUAGCCGUUUGGGAGGAUAACAGUGCCUUCCGCCAAACAUAUGCCAAUAAAGAGUUUCCCAAUAAUACUUAUUUGCAAGUACCGCUAGCGGAUGGUUCUUUAGCCGCUGUGAAAUUACAAUUCCCACCGAAUUUGAACGAAACCAAGAAAUAUCCAAUGCUUGUCUAUGUCUAUGGCGGCCCCGAUUCGGUGCGCGUUACAAGCGCCUUUAGUGCCGGCUUUGGCUUGUAUAUGGUUACGAAUCACGAGGUCAUCUAUGCGCUCAUCGAUGGACGCGGUACUGGUAAUAAGGGGAAAAAAUUACUCUUCAGCGUUAAUAAUAAUUUGGGAGAUUUGGAGGCACAGGAUCAGAUUUAUGUGGCAAAAUACCUACAGACUUUGUAUCCAUUCAUCGAUAGUGAACGCGUUGGUAUUUGGGGAUGGAGUUAUGGUGGCUAUAUGACAAUCAAAACGCUGGAGUAUGAUGCAAAUAAUGUGUUCCAAUGUGGUACGAGUGUGGCGCCAGUUACCUCGUGGCUGUACUAUGAUACGAUCUACACCGAGCGCUACAUGGGCUUACCAACAGAGGCAGAUAAUUUGGCUGGCUACGUAAAUAGCAGCGUUUUUCGUAAAGAGAUUGACAGCUUCAAUGUUCAUGAUCUCCUGCUGAUUCAUGGCUCCGCCGAUGACAAUGUGCAUUAUCAGAACUCGAUGCUGUUUGCCAAGAAACUGGUGGCUGAAAAUAUUCUAUUCGAGGAGAUGUCUUACACCGACGAAAAUCACUCAAUUAGCGGCGCUUUACGCCAUCUCUACAACACAAUCGAUAACUUCUUUAUUAGUUGCCUAAAUUUACGUGUAAGCGAUGAGGAUGUGAGCGAGACUGAGCCAAGUAAAUGAAUUUGACACAAGAC